AGAGGGGCGACCAUGGCCACAUGCGCGGUGCAAGUCGCCGGAGGUGCACUGGCAUAUCUUACUUGAAUCUGCAAAUUCCAAGUCAAUAGAGCACCAGUCACCCACUGGGGAUUCACUCGCUCCCGUUUACACCGUCCUUUUGCUUUUAAUAUCUUCAGACGGGUCGAUUGAUACCCUUCUCCUUGUCCACAAAAGUUUUAUGCCGAUUGCUACGUCAAUGCUCCGUACGCUGCCCGUAUAUACGCUGAGCUUCGUUUGGAGUCAAUGGAGUAUGGUCAUGUCUUCACGCAGACUGGUUCCGGUCGUUGAGAUUCCACGCUUUUUCUACAACUUUUUUUGCAUGAACUCUCGACCCCGAGGAUAUAGCUGCUCUCGUGCUCGUGGAGAUCGCCUGUUGCUGCACUGGAACAGCACCGUGCUUGUGUGGGCGGCGAAGAAGGUCCCCGUCAGCGAAUGCGUCGUCUCAGGGCACGAAUGGUAUGCGAAUGGAUGGAUCAAAUACCUGUUAUUAUCGAACAGUCCAAGCUGUGCUGGGCCGAUCCGGUUUCGAACGGUGCCAGUGACAAAAAGGCAGAAUUUACCCUCGAACAGAGAAAGAUCGCAUUCUUAUGAGGCAGAUGCUUUGUCCCCUAAAUUGUUCCAAAUACUCCAAAUAUAUAACUAAUACUACCGAGUACUACUCGAAGGCUACGGUUGACGUGAUUAGUGCCACCAUUUUACUAUAUAUCAUGGGUCCGAGACUGGGUAGUGUUGCCAAGCUGAACG